AUGUCCUUCAAUUUGAGGAGCCUGCUCUCGUGUCCGAUCGUUCGUGCGACAACCAUCUCCGAUCCGAUUUACGAUGGAGUACUAAUCGUGUCGAAUUGUGUGAACACCGCUAGUCAAUAUCAACCACUCAAAACGAUCGGACAAACGCUUAUCGAUUAUGCAUCGCUUAACAAAUCCGUGCACUCAACCGCCUCACUCAUCCCAGUCUCAAAAUCGGAAGUGCCAAGCGGCCGAUUGAUCUUUUCCGGGACGGGACCAUUGGAAAGAGAUUAUGACGACGUGAGACGCUUCUCCCAGGCUGCAACGAGAGCUAUGAAAUUAGCUCUUUCGGCCGGUCUCCGUUCUCCACUCCUUGUCACCGUCCCAAAUGCGGCUCAUCCGCAUGCGGAAUUCGUUUCCGCUCUCGGCGCUCUCAUGCCAUCAUACACUCCACUCAACGUUCGCCUUGAGGAAAACAAGCAAAAACUCGAGAGAAUCGGAUUACUAUCAGAGUGUACAUCGAUCGACAAAUUGCUGCUAGCCAUGGAAGAGGCGUUCACCGUUUCUCGAGACGUCGGAGAAACUGAUCCACAACGAAUGGCUCCACCCCGAGUCGCUGACUACAUCGAGGAAGCCUUUUCGGGCAGUUCGAUUAAAGUGGAAGUGACGUCGGAUCAAGAUGAAAUCGCUAAAGAAUACCCAUUGAUGGCAGCCGUGAAUCGAGCGGCUAGUGGGAUCAAAGAGCAUCAUGCGCGUCUCAUUCGACUCGAGUACAAUCCCGAAGGGAAAAUCGAUGAGACUUAUUUCUUUGUCGGAAAGGGAGUGACCAUCGACACCGGUGGUUGUGAUCUCAAGGUGAACGGAGUGAUGCACGGAAUGUGCCGUGACAAGUUCGGAGCCGCUGUCGUUGCCGGUAUCUUCAAGAUUCUUGAUUUGUUGAAACCAAAAGGAAUCAAGGCGAUCGGCUACAUGUGUAUGGUGCGUAACAGCAUCGGCUCCAAAGCGUACACCUGUGACGAAGUGAUCACCGCUCGAUCGGGUCGUCGAAUCCAUAUUUACAAUACGGAUGCCGAAGGGCGGAUAACGAUGCUUGAUCCAUUGACGCGCGCAAAAGACGAGGCUUUGCACGAGGCGAAUCCCCAUCUUUACACCCUUGCCACACUCACAGGCCAUGCCGCAUUGACCUAUGGAUAUUAUGCGGCUUUCAUGGACAAUGGACCGGCAAGGCAUGCCCGCACAACGCACAAGAUCCAAAGUGCUGGCGAUGCUUACGGGCAACCCGUCGAGAUCAGUCGAUUACAUUUUGAGGAUUACGAUUUCCACAAUGCCGAGGGCGAACAAGCCGAUGUGCGUCAAGGGAACACGAGACCCUCAGUGCAGACAUUGAGAGGACACAUGACACCGGCCGCUUUCCUAAUAAAAGCUUCCCGCCUCGAUGAGCACGACCAAAGCUCGGCCAAUCCACUCAAAUUCACCCAUAUUGACAUGGGAUCUUGUUGUGGAGAGCAUCCAACAACAUCAACACCCAAUCCAUUAGUGGCUCUUACGGCUGGACUCAUCCUUCCUCGCCUG